AUGACUUCAAUUCAGUUGAAACUGGAAAUCCCAAGAAAAUAUGAGAUAUACUCCAAUAAGCUGGAAGGGAGCUCCUCCAGUCCACUCACCGGAUCUCUAGUGAUAUCAAGUCACACCCAUGCGGAAAUUGCGAGCCUUAAUCAGGUCAAAAUCCAUCUUGUCCGUGUCUUGACAGAGAAACAUCCAAAGUGCACUAGUGGCAGCGAGCCCCUUUUACAAAGAUUCAAUCGUUUAAUAGCCACAACUCCCAAGCCAAGUCCACCCGCCGUGGACAAGCAGAAUUGUUCAAUCAUUGAGAGUCUAGCGCUUCAUGUACCCCGUCUUGGCCCCGAGAGCCAGGUCGGCUAUUCUCCUGAGAAUGGAAGAAUCUACAAGAUUCCAUUUCAUUUGCCCAUACCAGGUAAUAUCCCCGGAACAGCAAGGACAGAAUUAAGUGAUGUCUCAUACUGCAUGGUUGCUUCUACAAACACCAUCGAUGGAAAGACCCUGAAUACUAGCUGCGAUAUCCAAUUAGUUCGUCGGAUCACCCAAGACAGCCCAUCUGUUCAACACACGCGGGGGUAUCCGAAUUCAAGCCUCAUCAAGAAGAUGGCUCUCACCCAGGAUCUUACCGUCAGCGCAAAUUCGGGCAUUUCUAUCUCUCUUGAAAUAUUCGUACCACCGAGGAAUCCUCCAGAGCGACAUACCGAUUACAACUGUAUCGCAGUGAGAGGGAUUCGAUGGCGCAUAGAGGAACUGAGUAAACUCUUGAUCCGGAUGGAUUACAAUGAGCAGGAAUGUUCAGAUAUGCUACCCGCCGAAGAAAAUGUCUCUACUCGAGAGAUACAUUCUGGAUUUCAGAAGGGCUAUUGGAGAAUCCUACCACGUCCCGCUACGGCGAGCCCCUCGGCGAACGAUGACGACGAUGAGGACUGGUCAAUUGACAUACUAUUCAACCUUGAUAUUUCCACAUCUGAAGUCGAAGCGCUAGCACCCGAGAUCGAUCUUAGUUGCUACGAUUCUCAUUUUGCGUCCGCAGAUCAACUUGCAUCUCAGGAAUGUCGCUGUACCACAACACAUCAUGGAAUGAUGCUCACAGUCGAACAUCGUGUCAAAUUGGAUAUUUUGAUGUCGGAGGAUACCUUCGAUGUAGAAACACAUAGCAUGGUUGAUCGUAAACCAUUACGAACUGCGCUUAAUGCUUCAUUUCCCCUUCAAAUUAUUGAUUACGCUGAAGGGGACUAUGGAGAGAUCUUGGAUCGUGAUAUUCCCCCAUUAUAUGAAGAUGUCCCUAACUCGGCCCCAGAUUAUGCAUGA